UGUUGGAUCUACUUUUACUGAACCGGGGAAAACAACCAACAUAAGACAAGGAGAGACAACCUAAACCUAGCUUGUAAGCUACGUUUCAGGACUUCAGUAGGUGCUGGACUUUUGGUGAAAGCCUGAAGACAACGUUUGGCCUUGGAAACAAUUUCAACAUCAUAGAACAUUUACUGAGACUACAGGUGGACCACACAAGCCAGUUGUAGCCAUGGCUGAGCGGAGGAGACCGGGCUACAGCGUGGACAGGGACAUCCUGGAUGAAGGAGCCGUGGAGGAGCUGGCUGAAAAGUCUGAAGCAAAAACACCUUGGACUGAGAAGGUCAAAAAGUCAAUGAGGUGUUCUGGUCCCAGGCUGAAGAGGUGCCUGCUGGAUAGUGUUCCUGUGGUGUCAUGGCUGCCUCGGUACUCCCUCAGAGACAAUGCGCUGGGUGACCUGGUCUCUGGGAUCAGUGUGGGCAUCAUGCAGCUACCGCAGGGUAUGGCCUACGCUCUCCUCGCAUCAGUUCCUCCAGUCUUUGGUCUUUACUCCUCCUUCUACCCGGUCCUGAUCUAUUUCAUCUUCGGCACAUCCAAGCACAUUUCAAUCGGAACAUACGCAGUGAUGAGUGUGAUGAUAGGAGGGGUGACGGACCGAUUAGCCCCAGACUCCAACUACAUGAUGUGGGACAACGUGACAAACACCAGUAUAGUGGAUGAGGAUUCCAGAGAUGCUGAGAGAGUGCGAGUGGCUGCAGCGGUCACCUUAUUAUCUGGAUUAUUUCAGAUUCUGCUCGGCCUGGUCCAGUUCGGUUUCGUGGUGACCUACCUAUCUGAGCCGCUGGUUCGAGGUUACACCACAGGGGCUGCCAUCCACGUCAUCGUGUCCCAGCUCAAGUACACGUUUGGCAUCAGCCCACUGAGACACAGUGGACCCUUCUCAUUGAUAUAUACUGUGUUGGAGGUGUGUUAUCUUCUCCCUGAGACAAACAUUGGCACUCUUGUGGUCAGUAUUGUCGCUAUAGUCGGCCUCAUCCUGAUGAAGGAGCUCAACACAUACUUAAGUAAAAAACUACCCAUUCCUAUACCCGUGGAGCUGCUUGGUGUCGUCAUUGCUACAGUCAUCUCCUGGCAAGUGAACCUGAAUGACAAAUACGCAGUGGAGGUGGUGGGAUUGAUUCCCUCAGGUCUCCAGCCCCCUGUUAUCCCAACAGCCUCUCUGUUUGGUCAGGUGAUCGGCGAUGCCUUCGCUCUGGCUGUGGUUGGCUACGGCAUUGCCAUCUCACUGGGGCGAAUCUUUGCCCUCAAGUAUGGGUACAAGGUGGACAGCAACCAGGAACUCAUCGCCCUCGGUUUGAGCAACACGGUCGGAGGAUUUUUCCAGUGUUUUGCCAUCAGCUGCUCCAUGUCUCGUACGAUGGUUCAGGAGAGCACAGGGGGGAAGACUCAGGUUGCUGGAGCUCUAUCGGCGGUAGUUAUCCUUUUCAUCACCCUCUGGAUUGGAACUCUCUUUGAAGAGCUGCCCAAGGCAAUGCUGGCUGCCAUCAUCUAUGUCAACCUUCAUGGCAUGAUGAAACAAUUCCUGGACAUCCCUGUGCUGUGGAGAAGCAACAAAAUAGACAUGGUGAUCUGGGUGGUCACCUUCAUCCUCACUGUGCUGUUCAACCCUGACCUGGGUCUGGCUGCUUCCAUUGGUUUCUCCAUGCUCACCGUCAUCUUCAGGACGCAGCUACCCAAAUACUCCCUGUUAGGGCAGGUCCCAGACACUGACAUUUACAGGCCACUGGAGGACUACACUCAGGUGAAGGCGGUGCCGGGCAUUUUGAUCUUCCGUUCCUCUGCAACCCUCUACUUUGCCAACGCUGAGAUGUAUCAGGAAACCCUUGGAAGAAAGUCGGGCAUCGACAUCACCAAGAUCCUGUCAGCCAAGAAGAAACUAGAAGCCAAACUAAAGAGGCACGAAAAGAGCAACGCCAAAAAAGCCAAGAAAGAUGCAAAGAAGAACGGACUGGGCAUGGAGGGGGAGCCAGAGAAGAUGGAGCAGAAAGACAUUGCUGUUAUCAAAAUGGAUCCUGAGCCUGACCCCUCUCUUCCAAGAGCCAUCAUCCUCGACCUCAGCCCUGUGAACUUCCUGGACACCGUGGGGGUCAAGACGCUACGCAGUAUCCACAAAGAUUACGGACAGAUUGGUAUAGAGGUUGUUCUCGCUGGCUGCCAAACUGGAGUGGUGGACAACCUGCAGACUGGAGGUUUCUUAAACGACAAAGUGACUAAAUCGUGUCUGUUCACUACGGUCCAUGAUGCUGUUCUGCACUGUCAGUCCGCCAUGACACCCAGCCAAGAAAAGCCUUUAUAUGAGGAGAUCACAGCAACGCAUUUCUGAGGCCUGAGAGGAACCAAGGAGGAUAAUAUGAAGAUGUGUCUGACACCGACUGCAUGAGGAUUUCUAUCCAUCAGGAUUCAGGGGACUCAAACUUCAGACCUACAUGAAAAUAAUGAGCAGACAAAAACAACAAAGUGAAAAUCUGUGACAACAAACUACACAGAGUCAAAGAUGUCCUUGAAGAGAAAAAAAUCAAAGAUCUUAAUGACAAAACAAACCUAAGAUAAAUAUUAUGAAAUAAUGUUUCUGGCCAGCUGUAUGCACCAAGUUUAAUGAGAUAGUUAUGCUGCUUUUAAAAAUAAAUGCCUACAUUUAUGACGAUCCAAAAAUCUGCAAACGUUGAAGUCUUUUAAUGGAAAUA